GUGAAAUGCCAGCUUCUGCGCCGUAUGUUGUUGAUUUUUUAUAAACAUUAAUUGUGCGAUAUGUAGCACUUUUUAAAAUAUUAUGCGAUGCUAGUGCGGUCGCAAAUUUAGUUUAUUUUAUCAAUAUAAUUAUUGUGCCUGUGCAGUGAUUGUUUUUUCGUAGAGACAAAUAAGAAUCCGCAAUGGCUGCGAGCGAUUCCAAGGCUCCCUUGCGAACUGUUAAAAAGGUUCAGUUUGGGAUAUUAGCCCCAGACGAAAUUAGAAGGAUGUCUGUUACCGAGGGUGGUAUUCGGUUUUCCGAGACUAUGGAAGGUGGUAGACCUAAACUGGGCGGUUUGAUGGAUCCAAGACAGGGGGUUAUCGACAGAAAUUCACGAUGCCAAACUUGCGCUGGCAACAUGACAGAAUGCCCAGGACAUUUUGGGCAUAUAGAUCUUGCUAAACCUGUGUUUCAUAUUGGGUUUGUAACAAAGACACUGAAAAUUCUGCGAUGUGUUUGUUUUUAUUGCUCAAAGAUGUUAGUGAGUCCUCAAAAUCCAAAAAUUAAAGAAGUAGUUUCAAAGUCUAAGGGACAGCCUCGUAAAAGACUAGCUUAUGUGUAUGAUUUAUGUAAAGGCAAAAAAAUAUGCGAAGGUGGUGAAGACAUGGAUUUGACUAAAGAAGGUGCUCCAGCAGAUCCAAAUAAAAAGGCUGGACAUGGUGGUUGCGGUCAUUAUCAACCCUCAUUAAGAAGGACAGGAUUGGAUAUUACAGCAGAGUGGAAACAUGUAAAUGAUGAAUCACAAGAAAAGAAAAUAUUUGUCAGUGCAGAAAGAGUGUGGGAGAUCUUAAAACAUAUAACAGAUGAAGAAUGUUUUGUUCUGGGUAUGGAUCCAAAAUUUGCAAGACCAGAUUGGAUGAUAAUUACUGUUAUGCCUGUACCACCUUUAGCUGUUAGGCCAGCUGUUGUCAUGUUUGGUGCUGCUAAGAAUCAAGAUGAUUUGACACACAAAUUGUCUGAUAUCAUUAAAGCUAAUAAUGAAUUAAUGAGAAAUGAGGCAUCUGGAGCUGCGGCUCAUGUUAUUACUGAGAAUAUUAAAAUGUUACAAUUUCAUGUUGCAACUUUUGUUGAUAAUGACAUGCCUGGAAUGCCUAGAGCAAUGCAGAAGUCUGGAAAGCCAUUGAAAGCUGUCAAAGCAAGAUUAAAAGGCAAAGAAGGUCGUAUUAGAGGAAAUCUUAUGGGAAAGCGUGUAGACUUUUCAGCACGUACUGUCAUUACACCAGAUCCCAAUUUAAGAAUAGAUCAAGUAGGAGUUCCUAGAUCUAUUGCACAAAAUAUGACUUUUCCAGAAUUAGUAACACCCUUUAACAUAGAAAGAAUGCAAGAACUUGUACGUAGAGGUAAUUCACAAUAUCCUGGUGCAAAAUAUAUAGUUCGUGACAAUGGGGAACGUAUUGACUUACGCUUUCAUCCCAAACCUUCUGAUUUGCAUCUUCAAUGCGGAUACAAAGUUGAAAGGCAUUUAAGAGAUGAUGAUUUAGUGAUUUUCAAUCGGCAGCCCACUUUGCACAAAAUGAGUAUGAUGGGUCACAGGGUAAAAGUCCUGCCAUGGUCUACAUUCCGUAUGAAUUUAAGUUGUACAUCUCCAUACAAUGCUGAUUUUGAUGGUGAUGAAAUGAACUUGCAUGUUCCGCAAUCCAUGGAAACACGAGCUGAAGUAGAAAAUAUUCAUAUUACACCUCGACAAAUUAUUACACCACAAGCAAAUAAGCCUGUUAUGGGUAUUGUACAGGAUACUUUAACUGCAGUUAGAAAAAUGACAAAACGUGAUGUAUUCAUCGAAAAGGAGCAGAUGAUGAACAUACUUAUGUUCUUACCCACUUGGGAUGGUAAAAUGCCACAACCUUGCAUAUUAAAACCAAAACCAUUAUGGACUGGUAAACAAAUCUUUACACUUAUCAUUCCUGGUAAUGUAAACAUGAUCCGCACACAUUCAACCCAUCCUGAUGAAGAAGAUGAUGGACCAUAUAAAUGGAUUUCUCCUGGUGAUACAAAAGUAAUGGUAGAACAUGGACAAUUGAUUAUGGGAAUCUUGUGUAAAAGAACCUUGGGUGCUUCGGCAGGUUCCUUGCUCCAUAUUGUUUUUCUGGAGUUGGGACAUGAGACAGCAGGUAGAUUUUAUGGAAACAUUCAAACGGUGGUAAACAAUUGGCUUUUGUUAGAAGGUCAUAGUAUUGGUAUUGGUGAUACUAUUGCUGAUCCUCAAACCUAUAUGGAGAUCCAGCGUGCUAUUAAAAAAGCCAAAGAAGAUGUCAUAGAAGUUAUCCAGAAAGCUCACAACAUGGAGCUAGAACCUACUCCAGGUAAUACCCUGAGGCAGACUUUUGAGAAUCAAGUAAACAGAAUUCUAAAUGAUGCUCGUGAUAAAACUGGAGGAUCUGCAAAGAAAUCUCUUACCGAAUAUAAUAAUCUAAAAGCUAUGGUGGUGUCAGGUUCCAAAGGUUCCAAUAUUAACAUUUCUCAAGUUAUUGCUUGUGUAGGUCAACAGAAUGUAGAAGGUAAGCGUAUUCCAUUUGGAUUUCGUAAGCGGACCUUGCCUCAUUUCAUUAAGGAUGAUUACGGUCCUGAAUCUAGAGGUUUCGUAGAAAACUCAUAUCUUGCUGGCUUGACACCUUCAGAAUUUUAUUUCCAUGCUAUGGGUGGAAGAGAAGGUCUUAUUGAUACUGCUGUAAAAACUGCAGAAACAGGAUACAUCCAACGUCUGAUAAAGGCUAUGGAGUCUGUUAUGGUACAUUAUGAUGGAACAGUUCGUAACUCAGUUGGACAACUUAUUCAGUUAAGGUAUGGCGAGGAUGGUUUGUGUGGUGAAGCAGUGGAGUUCCAAAACCUUCCCACCAUCAAGUUAUCCAAUAAAGUAUUUGAGAAGAAGUUCAAGUUUGAAUUAUCAAAUGAAAGAUAUCUCCGGAAGAUAUUUAAUGAAGAUGUUGUAAAGGAACUAACAGAAUCAGGCUAUGUUAUUUCCGAGCUGGAAAGUGAAUGGGAGCAGUUAAAUAGGGAUCGUGAAGCUUUAAGAUCUAUUUUUAGCAAUGGAGAAUCUAAGGUAGUACUGCCUUGUAAUCUACAGCGUAUGAUUUGGAAUGUGCAAAAAAUCUUCCAUAUAAAUAAACGAAUGCCUACUGACUUGAGUCCAAUUAAAGUUAUUCAAGGAGUAAAAGAUUUACUUACAAAGUGUGUUAUUGUAGCUGGUAACGACAGGUUGUCGAAACAGGCUAAUGAAAACGCCACUCUACUAUUUCAGUGUCUUAUACGUUCUACAUUGUGCACUAAAUAUGUAUCAGAAGAAUUUAGGUUAUCAACUGAUGCUUUUAAUCUUCUAAUUGGAGAAAUAGAAACACGUUUUCAGCAAGCUCAAUGUAAUCCUGGAGAAAUGGUUGGUGCCUUAGCUGCUCAGUCUUUAGGAGAACCAGCUACUCAAAUGACACUGAAUACUUUCCAUUUUGCUGGUGUAUCAUCAAAGAACGUAACUUUGGGUGUACCUAGAUUGAAGGAAAUUAUCAAUAUUUCCAAAAAACCUAAAGCUCCUUCACUGACUGUAUUUUUAACUGGGGGUGCAGCCAGGGAUGCGGAAAAGGCUAAAAAUGUACUUUGCAGAUUGGAGCAUACUACGUUAAGAAAAGUAACUGCAAAUACAGCUAUCUAUUAUGAUCCCGAUCCACAAAACACUGUGAUAUCAGAGGAUCAAGAGUUUGUUAAUAUCUAUUAUGAAAUGCCUGAUUUUGAUCCAACAAAGAUUUCACCAUGGUUGUUACGUAUUGAAUUAGAUAGGAAACGUAUGACAGAUAAAAAACUGACCAUGGAACAGAUUGCUGAAAAAAUUAAUGCAGGCUUUGGAGAUGACUUGAACUGUAUAUUUAAUGAUGACAAUGCUGAAAAACUAGUACUGCGAAUUCGAAUUAUGAAUAGUGAUGAUAAUAAAUUCCAAGAUGAAGAGGAAAAUGUUGAUAAAAUGGAAGAUGAUAUGUUUUUGAGAUGUAUUGAAGCCAAUAUGUUAUCUGACAUGACAUUACAGGGCAUUGAGGCUAUUGGAAAGGUAUAUAUGCAUUUACCUCAGACGGAUAGUAAAAAACGAAUUAUAAUUACUGAGACUGGUGAAUUCAAAGCAAUUGCUGAAUGGCUAUUGGAAACAGAUGGAACGUCAAUGAUGAAAGUUUUAAGUGAGAGAGAUGUUGAUCCAGUCAGGACCUUCAGUAAUGAUAUUUGUGAAAUUUUCUCGGUGCUGGGAAUAGAAGCUGUGAGAAAGUCUGUAGAGAAGGAAAUGAAUACUGUAUUGCAAUUUUAUGGUCUUUAUGUAAACUAUCGACAUUUAGCUUUACUUUGUGAUGUUAUGACUGCCAAAGGUCACUUGAUGGCUAUCACUCGUCAUGGUAUUAACAGACAAGACACUGGAGCUUUAAUGAGAUGUUCCUUUGAAGAAACUGUUGAUGUAUUGAUGGAUGCAGCUUCACAUGCUGAAGUAGAUCCAAUGAGAGGAGUGUCUGAGAACAUUAUUAUGGGACAACUGCCCAGGAUGGGAACAGGAUGCUUUGAUUUAUUAUUGGAUGCUGAUAAGUGUAAAGAUGGUAUUGACAUUGCAAAUACUCUUGGCGGCGUUGUUGGUGACAUUGGCUUCUUUGGUAUUGCUACCACUCCUAGUGCAAGUCCUAGAAUGACACCAUGGAGUCAGGGAGCUACGCCAGCCCAUGGAGCUAGUGCUUGGUCACCAAAUCAAUAUUCCAUGAUGACACCAGGUGGGCCAUCAUUUUCGCCAUCUGGAGCUUCAGAUGCUUCUGGUCUUUCUCCUGGCUGGCAACCUGGAUCACCUAGUUCUCCAGGACCUUCAAUGUCUCCAUACUUUGCAUCACCAUCGGCAUCUCCACCUUAUUCACCAAACAGUCCAGCAUAUGCACCCACCUCGCCGAAUAUGACACCUACUUCUCCAAUGUAUUCACCAGCCAGUCCAUCGUACUCUCCAACUUCACCAAACUAUUCACCCACAAGUCCAAAUUAUUCUCCUACAAGUCCAAAUUAUUCACAUACUAGCCCCAGCUAUUCACCAACUAGUCCAUCUUACAGUCCCACUUCCCCUUCAUACAGUCCUACUAGUCCUAGUUACUCCCCUACAUCUCCAGUAUAUUCACCAACAAGUCCUAACUAUUCUCCAGCAAGUGCAAGUUAUUCACCCACAAGCCCUAGCUAUUCGCCAACAAGUCCCAGUUAUUCACCUACAAGUCCCAGUUAUCCAUCAGCAUCUCCAUCAUACUCUCCAACUUCUCCCACAUAUUCCCCAACAUCUCCGGCUGCAUAUUCUCCAACAAGCCCCAAUUAUUCCUCAUCCUCACCAAAUUAUACACCAGCAUCACCUAACUAUUCACCGACAAAUCCCAGUUAUUCCCCAAGUUCUCCUAGGUAUUCGCCAGGCAGCCAUAGUUAUUCACCAAGUUCACCAAAAUAUUCUCCCACCACUCCUAAUUAUUCUCCAACGUCUCCAUCAUUUGUUAGUGGAAGUCCGCAAUAUACACCAACAACUCCCUCUUAUUCACCUACCAGUCCCAGUUACUCACCUACUAGUUCAAAUUAUUCCCCUAGUUCUCCACAACAUACUCCAGGUUCUAGCACAAGGUAUUCGCCUAGUUCACCAAAUUAUUCGCCAACUAGUCCUAGUUAUUCACCUGGAUCUCUACAGUACUCGCCUAAUAGCAAGUAUUCACCAACAAGCCCAACAUAUACCCGUACCAGUCCUACGUACUCUCCAUCUUCGCCGUCAUUUACAAAUACACCCGGUUACAGUCCAACAAGUCCUUCUUAUAGUCCAGCAAGCCCUAGUUAUGAUGAAUCAUCAGACUAA